AUGAGUUUGCCAAGAACACGGACAUAUGGUGCGUUUAGGACUUUCGGCCUCUACUGGUGCUACCAUUGUCAUCGCACGGUUAGGAUUGCAUCGUCUAACCCUUCGGAGAUAGCUUGCCCUCGAUGCUUGAGACAAUUUGUCGUUGAGAUUGAGAUGAGACGGCCUCUAGCUGCUUUUCCUCCUUUUGAUGCUUCUCCCGAGGCUCGUCUCCUUGAAGCUCUAUCUCUCAUGUUUGAUUCUCCAUUCAGAGGUGGUUUCAGUGCAGACCCAUUUCUCAGGGAAAGAUCAAGAAACACCGAACCAGAACCAAGACUCCGACCGCACCAUCGGCGACGUCAUAGCCUUGACAAUGAUAACAACAGCGGUUUACCUCCACCAAGAAGAACAUACGCUUAG